CUUGAUAUCUUUCUAGAAAAUAGAAUCUACCUCCGUCUGCUAUGAUCUUAUACCUUCUCAAUGAUAUCGAUACUGUUUAAUUCCAUACUACUGACCACCGGAUUAUCCAUCCUUCGACGAGUAUAGGAUGUUGUCAGGCGUCGUCAUCACGGCUGCGUCGAUGAUACGGGAUCAACCUAGAUCUGUGCUUCAAAAAUGACAUGGUGGCUGGUCCCUCGAGAGAUGUCUCAUAUCGAACGAGAUGUCCGACCAAAAUAGACUGCCGCAUCAAACACUCAACGCUCGACACUCUACGCAGGGCAGGGCAGGGCUGGCCGACUGCUCUUGCCCGUUGUUUUCCUUCCUCCGGCCAAGAUUGUACAACCACGUCCACCGUCGAAUUCAACCCACCACGACAACGGAGAUCAAGCACCAGCCAACAUGCUGAGACGACCUCCGACGGUCAUCUCAUUGACCGAGAAUGAUCUUCAAUUCCACCUACCGCGAAUCUUUGCUCGGUCCCUCCCAGUCAAUAUCGACCAGCUGAGCCUGGAGGAUACGGACGAGAAAUGUGUUGAUCAAGAUCCUCCCUUUGGAGAUCAACGGUCGUCGAACGACGACUCUACCAGUCAGCUCAAUCCUCAUCGCCCUCUGCAUCGCGCGAACGAAGGCUCCUCGUGCAUGACACGCGCCUCUUUGACUGAAGCUCGGACGCACUCAGCAGCCCUCCCUGCUUCGACGAUGAAUGGUUCGACCCACCGAACUAUUGUCGACCCAAAUGGGGCUCCCACAAUUGCUGCCACCACGGCCCAACUGAUAUCAUCUAAUCUCCCGCAGACUCGAGCUUCCCGGCUUCGAGAGCCCUCGCCCUCGCUCUCGCCCUCGCAUCCAAGGACCGAAUUGACCAUUCCGCCACAAGAGUUUCUAGAUCCCCACAUUCUCCCGUCCCCAGACCGCAAGAAAGAAAAUCGCCCUCGUAGUCAUUCCCAGGAUGCAUGGACCACUCUUAACAAGCAUGAGUCGCGGGUUUCCGCCGCCCAGUCUUUCCGCCUGCCUCCCAGUGCCUCUCCGGAGCUGACCAUCGACCUUGUUCCACAGCGGGACCCAGCCUUAGCGUCUACAGAGUCUUACGAGGCAGGCUUGGCCGCGACGAAGGUCUCGCCCGCUAUGGCGAAUACCAACUAA